UUUUGCGUGUACCCACAUGUGGACUAGAGGAUUUUAAUACUCACGGCAAACGUGCACUCUUGUGUUGUGAUGCACCUUAGAAAGACAUGCUAGUCAUUAGAAUAUGAUAACCUACAUGUGAAAUAUCGCUAUAAAGAGCACUCUGUGUACUCUUUCAGGGUUCCGUUUCUGAAAGGGUGGCGAUCUUAUUAAAACAACGCAUGAAACAAUGGAACAUUUAGACCUGAAUUUGUCAUCCCUGACUAUCAUUUCAAGACACGUUGAGAAGAGUCGCAACGAACUUGGCAAGUAUUUGACGAAGCAGAUAUGGAGUCAGCAGGACCGUCAGUCCAUCCUGACGAGCCUGGCCAAGCUCCUGCUGGAAAAGGACUACACACUCCUGAUAGCGCGGCACCUCCGACCGCUCGUCCUGGACCUGCUGGAGAGGAACGGCGAAAGGAUCAAAGUGGAAGGCCGCAUCAACCAUGAUCAACACGAGCGCUUCUGCGUGGCCCUCAGCAAACUGCUUGGCAUCUGCCCGGACGCGCAGCAGUUCGCCGCCCGCUACUUUAGCGACGCCCCUCCGGUGUUCCAGCGCCUUUUCUUCACCAGCGCGGAGUCCUCAUCCGUACAGUACGGCCCCCGCCGCAUGAAACUGCGUGACCUGAUGGGUGCCACCCUCCGCUUCCUGCAGAGCGACUGCGCCAAGUACCGAGAGCUGUGGGACUGGAGCGCCUGCGUCUCGCAGCUGCUCACCAGCGACGUCCUGGUCCGCUGGUACACGGCGCAUUGCCUGGCUUUGGUGUCCCACAUGACCGAUAAUCAGAAAACAAUUUUCCUGAGAAAGGUCUUGUCCAGUGAAGAAAUCCUCCAUCUUAAAAUAAAGUCUCUGGAAGAAGUCGGACAGCUAGAGGUAGAAAAGGCUCUGGUUCUGGCUAAUCAGGCCUCUGUGGACUGGUGUGAGGACAAGCUGAAGAGAUACACCAGGGGCCAGCUGGUGUCUGGUGACCUGUCCCGCAACGCUGUGGCCGUCUGUGGUGUGGCGCUGCCCAGGAAGACCCUGAGGCACCAAGAGCUGGGCUUCACAAAGCAGCCGGUGCUGGUGGAUCUGAGCCGGAAGACCCUGCGUCGGCUGGCUCUGGCUGUGGCUUCGCACCGGGCGGUUCUUCUGGAGGGUCCCAUCGGCUGCGGCAAGACGGCCCUCCUGGAACACCUGGCUGCCGUCACCGGACACGUCAAGGCUCCGGAGAUACUGAAGGUUCAGCUGGGAGAUCAGACGGACAGCAAGAUGUUGUUGGGAAUGUAUCGCUGUACCGACAUUGCUGGGAAGUUCGUGUGGCAGCCUGGCACCUUGACACAGGCGGUGUCCAAGGGACACUGGAUCCUACUGGAGGACAUCGACCACGCGCCCUUGGAUGUGAUCUCUGUGCUGCUCCCCCUGAUGGAGAACCGCAGGCUCCUCAUCCCCGGCCGGGAUGACUGCAUCGAAGAGGCCCCCGGCUUUCAGUUCUUCGCCACCAGAAGGCUCUUCUCCAGUGGCGGGGGCUGGUAUCGACCCCAGAACACAAGUGCUGCUCUUUUGGACAAGUACUGGACUAAGCUUCAGAUGGGUAACAUGUCAAGACAGGAACUGAAGCAGGUCCUGCUGGAAAGGUACCCAAACCUGGCCAUGGUUGUGGAGCGUCUCUUGGACAUCUACUGCCAGCUGACGGGAGAUAAACACCCGGACGGCGGUACGGCGGAGACGCAUCACCAGGAGAGCCCGCAGAGUGUGGAGGUGCUUCAGCAGUGUCAGGAGGCCCGGAGACUCUCCCUAAGGGAUUUGCUGAAGUGGUGCGACAGGAUCGCUCACCAUUUCUCCGGCACGUCCUCGGACGUGGCCCAGAACGUCUUCCACGAGGCUCUCGACUGCUUCACCGCCAUGCUGCCCAGCCCUGAGAGCAGGCAGCGCAUGGCCGAGGCUAUCGGCAGCAAGCUCAACAUCUCCAAAGAAAAGGUGCAGCACUAUUGCCAAAUGUACCAGCCGGAAAUCAGAGUCACGGAGCUCGACGUUGUGGUUGGGCGAGCUACCGUACCACGGAAGCAGUGUGAAGCCGUCCGCCUCUGCGUAGAGAAGCACACUUUCGCCGCCACGCGGCCGUCCUCCGUCCUCCUCGAGCAGCUGGCUGUGUGUGUGAGCCGGGGCGAGCCCAUCCUGCUGGUGGGGGAGACCGGCACCGGCAAGACCUCCACCGUGCAGCACCUGGCAGGGCUGACGGGGCACCGGCUACGGGUCGUCAACAUGAACCAGCAGAGUGACACCGCCGAUCUCCUGGGGGGCUACAAGCCCGUGGACCACAAGCUGAUCCUGUUGCCGCUGCGUGAGGCUUUUGAGGACCUCUUCUCCCAGACGUACUCCCGCAAGCAGAACCUCACCUUCCUGGGCCAUGUGCAGACCUGCUUCCGGAGCAAACGCUGGCAGGACCUGCUGAAGCUCAUGGACCACGUGUGCAAGUCGGCCCUCACCAAGGAGCUGCAGAAGAAGCCCGACGCAGCCCUCCUCAGGGAGCAGUGGGAGGCUCUGGCCCUCAGGUUGAGCCAGACCCAGCAGCAGAUCAGGGCCUGUGAGACGGCGCUCGUCUUCUCAUUCGUGGAGGGGACGUUAGCACAGGCGGUGAAGAAGGGCGAGUGGAUCCUUCUGGAUGAGAUCAACCUGGCGGCGGCUGAGACCCUGGAGUGCCUGAGCGGCUUGCUGGAGGGCAGCCAGGGGUCUCUGGUGCUGCUGGACCGUGGCGACACAGAGCCCCUGGUUCGACACCCAGACUUCCGCCUCUUUGCCUGCAUGAAUCCGGCCACAGACGUGGGGAAGCGAAAUCUGCCCCUCGGCAUCAGAAACAGGUUUACUGAGCUCUAUGUGGAAGAGCUGGAAAGUGAGAGGGAUCUGAGGAUUCUGGUGUCAGACUACCUUAAGGGCCUGAACCUAAACAAGAGCGUGAUCGGCGGGAUCAUAAGCUUCUACCUGGCGGUGCGGCGGGACGCACAGUCGCGCCUCGUGGACGGGACGGGGAACCGGCCGCAUUACAGCCUUCGGACGCUGUGCCGGGCGCUGAAGUACGCGGCGAGAAACCCGUGCCUCAGUGCACAGCGCUCGCUCUAUGAGGGUUUCUGUCUGAGCUUCCUGACCCAGCUGGACAGAAGCUCUCACCCUGUGGUCCAGAAGCUGGUGUGUCAGUACAUCCUGAGCAGAAACGUGAAGUGUCUCAAGCAGCCAAUCCCAGAGCCCCCAGGCAGGAGGUGUGUGGAGGUGGAGGGGUACUGGGUGUCCCAAGGGGAGAUGGAGCCAGUGGUGGACCAGUGCUACAUCCUCACCCAGUCGGUGAAGCUUAACCUCCGCGACCUGGCCAGGGUGGUGUCUGCUGGGACGCAUCCCGUGCUGAUCCAGGGGGAAACCUCUGUGGGCAAGACGAGCCUGAUCAGGUGGCUGGCGGCCACCACGGGGAACCAGUGCGUCAGGAUCAACAACCACGAGCACACAGACAUCCAGGAGUACAUCGGCUGCUACUCGUCCGACAGCCGGGGAAAGCUGGUCUUCAGAGAAGGCGUCCUCAUCGAUGCCAUGCGCAAAGGCUACUGGAUAAUCCUGGAUGAGCUCAACCUGGCCCCCACCGACGUGCUGGAGGCGCUGAACAGGCUGCUGGACGACAACCGCGAGCUCUUCAUUGCCGAGACCCAGGAGGUGGUCAGGGCACAUCCCCGCUUCAUGCUGUUUGCCACCCAGAACCCCCCGGGCCUUUACGGGGGCAGAAAGGUUCUGUCCAGAGCUUUCCGGAACCGCUUUGUGGAGCUGCACUUCGACGAGCUGCCCAGCGCGGAGCUGGAGGUCAUCCUGCACCAGCGCUGCUGCCUGCCGCCCUCAUACUGCGCCAAACUGGUCAAGGUCAUGCAGGAGCUGCAGUCACUGCGCAGGGGGUCCACUGUGUUUGCCGGCAAGCAUGGGUUCAUAACCCUGCGGGAUCUGUUCCGCUGGGCUGAGCGGUACAGGCUGGAGGAGGGCGCAGGAUCUUCCCACGACUGGCUGCAGCAUCUGGCCGACGACGGGUUCAUGCUGCUGGCAGGGCGGGUCAGGAAGACUGAGGAGGUGGGCAUCAUUCAGGGCAUCCUGGAGAAGCACUUCAAGAGGAAGAUCGACCCCAGUACCCUUUUCUCAGAGGAGAGCCUGAAAAAGCUGCUUGGUCCCUUUGUGGGGAGCCUGGAGGAUGUCCCUGAGGAGUUCCGUCACGUGGUGUGGACUCAGGGCAUGAGGCGGCUGGCCGUGCUAGUGGGACGGGCGCUGCGCUUCGGCGAGUCCGUGCUGCUGGUGGGAGACACUGGCUGUGGAAAGACCACCAUCUGCCAGCUGUUUGCUGCCCUGGUGGGACAGAAGUUCUACUCCCUGAACUGCCACCUGCACAUGGAGACGUCGGACUUCCUGGGUGGGCUUCGGCCAGUGCGGCACACGGGGAUAGAGGAGGAGGGCGCCGAAGAUACUCGGCUCUUCGAGUGGCACGACGGCCCCCUAGUCUUGGCCAUGAAGGAGGGCGGGUUGUUCCUGAUGGAUGAGAUCUCACUGGCGGACGACUCGGUGCUGGAGAGACUCAACAGCGUGCUGGAGACUGAGAAAUCGCUGGUUCUGGCCGAGAAGGGCAGCGGGGACGAGGACGACGUGGAGCUCAUCACAGCAGCGGCGCGGUUCUGCCUGCUGGCCACCAUGAAUCCCGGCGGAGAUUUCGGGAAGAAGGAGCUGUCGCCCGCCUUGAGGAACCGCUUCACUGAGAUCUGGUGCCCACAGAGCAACAGCCGGAGCGACCUCGUCAAGAUCAUCCGGCACAACCUGCGUCCUGGUCUCUCCUUGGACCUGGAGGACCACCGAGGGAAGGACAUCGCCCACUUAAUGCUGGACUUCAUCAACUGGCUGACCAAUCAGGACUUUGGGAGGCGGUGCAUCCUGAGCGUGCGGGACAUCUUGUCCUGGGUGCACUUCAUGAACCGCGUUUGCGGGCAGGAGGGGGGCGAUGAGUGCCAGGCGCCCCUGGACGCGGUGACGGCGUUCGUGCACGCGGCCUGCCUCGUGUACAUCGACGGGAUCGGCUCCGGCACCACCGCCUCCUCAGCAGAGAGCGCCCUGCUCCAUCGCCGCGCCUGCCUGGCCUUCCUGCAGAGCAGGCUACAGCGAGAGGCCGGAACCUUCCGCGUCUAUGAUGUCGUCUCGUCACGGGAACCUCAGUGGGGAGAGCACUGCUUUGGCAUGGACCCAUUCUACAUCAGCACAGGUCCGGAGAUUGAGUCCCAGAACCUGAUGGACUAUGUCCUGGGAGCAGGGACCACUGCCGUCAACGCCCUGCGAGUCCUCCGAGCCUUGAAGCUCCAGCGGCCUGUCCUCCUGGAAGGUUCUCCCGGAGUGGGAAAAACCAGCCUGGUGGCCGCCUUGGCCAGAGUGUCCGGGCACCAUCUCGUCCGGAUCAACCUCUCCGAGCAAACCGACGUGACCGACCUAUUUGGGACCGACCUGCCGGUGGAGGGAGGUAAAGGUGGAGAGUUUGCAUGGAGAGAUGGACCAUUGCUGGCUGGCCUGAAAGCGGGGCACUGGAUCGUCCUCGACGAGCUGAACCUGGCCUCUCAGUCUGUCCUGGAAGGCCUGAACGCUUGCUUCGACCACCGUGCCGAGAUAUACAUCCCUGAGCUUGGUAUGAGCUUCCACGUGCAGCACGAGAAGACGAAGAUCUUCGGCUGCCAGAACCCUUUCACCCAGGGCGGGGGGCGUAAGGGGCUGCCCAAGUCCUUCCUCAACAGGUUCACGCAGGUGUAUGUGGACCAGCUGUCCAGUGAGGACAUGGAAUUCAUCGGUGGCUCCAUGUUUGCCUCCAUAGAUGACCACAUCAUCUCCAAGAUGGUGCAGUUCAACAACCGGCUUGUUCAAGAAGUCACACUGGAGAGGAGGUGGGGCCAAAGAGGGGGCCCCUGGGAGUUCAACCUGCGCGACAUGUUCCGCUGGUGUCAGCUGAUGCAGGCCGACCAAUCGCCAGGCUUCUAUAACCCGGGCCAGCAUGUGGGCCUGGUGUACGCUGAGCGCAUGCGGACGGAGGCGGACAAGGCCCAGGUCUUCUCUGUGUUCAGGAAGGUUUUCGGCGAGGACUUUGAGCCUUACUCCGGCUCCCGGCAGUUCCAUAUCACACCGCUUAACCUUCAGGUGGGUUACUCAGUCCUCCCGCGCAGUGGGGGCCCUUCUGUGGUCCUGGAACCUCCCCUGUCCGUGAGCCACCAGGCACUGAGACCCCUGGAGUCGCUGAUGAAGUGUGUGGAGAUGGGCUGGAUGGCGGUGUUGGUGGGCCCCUCGGCGAGCGGCAAGACGAGCCUGGUGCGUCUCCUGGCCCUGCUGGCCGGCCACCGGCUCAGGGUCAUGGCCAUGAACAGUGCGAUGGACACAACCGAGCUGCUGGGGGGCUUCGAGCAGGUGGACAUCAUGCGGCCCUGGCAGCAGCUCCUGGAGAACGUGGACUACGUUGUAGCCAUGGUGACGCGCCGCGGCCUGAUGACGCUGGAGGGAGCAGUGCAGGACAUCGAGUUCCUGCUGAGGAACUGGAGCGUCUUCUGCCGAUGGCUGAAGGAGGAGAGGCUGGUGGGCCCAGACGGGCUGGUCACCAUGGAGGCCGUGGACAAGCUGGAGGUCAUCAUCACACUGCUGCAGAAGCUCAAUACAAAACUCAAGGUUUUCGCAGACAUGUCCAAGCUGCUGCUGGACUUCACGCUGCUCCGUGAGCGGCUGGCCCAGAUGCAGGAUGGCUGGAAUCAGGGCGGCUUCGAGUGGUUGGAUGGCAUGCUGGUCCAGGCCCUUCAGGCCGGUGACUGGCUGCUCAUGGACAACGUGAACUUCUGCAGCCCCUCCGUUCUGGACCGCUUGAACGCGCUGCUAGAACCCGGGGGCUGUCUGACCAUAAGCGAGCGCGGCGUAAUCGACGGAACCACCCCCUGCAUCACGCCCCACCCCAACUUCAGACUCUUCCUCACCAUGGACCCGGCCCACGGUGAGAUCUCCAGAGCAAUGCGGAACCGCGGGGUGGAGAUCUACAUCCCCGGGGAGCACGAGGGCAGCGGCUGGGACCUGCUGGACCUGAAGACCAUGCUGCAGGCGGCCGGCGUCCCCGGGGAUUGCGUGUGCGACCUGCUCAUCACCAUCCACACGGAGGUCAAAGCUGCCUUUUGGGAUUCUCCAGCCUCUUCACUUACAUCUCUGCUCCAUGUCGCCGCCCUGCUGUCCAGCCAGCUGCAGCGCGGAAUGGACCUCCUUAGCUCUGUGGAGCAGGCCUGUGUGGAGGUCUAUUCUCAGAGCCAGCGCAGUGCCGCUAACCAGAAGCAAGCGCUGGAGAUCAUCGAGAAGCACCUGUCUGCCCUGGAUGUGGACAGGUGGGGGUGCCGGUUGCUCUGUGCCGGGGUCUGGCCUGACAGGCUCCCCCCUGCCUUGCUAUCUGCGGAGGAUUCCUGCUUCUCCGCCGUCCUGAGGGACGGCCAGGUGCUGCUCUUCUGCCUGAACGCUCUCAGCCUGCAGGGGGAGAGGAGUCGUCCUCUGACGCUGAGUGACCUGCAGAGGGCGCUGCAGUGCGGCUCGUCCCUGGAUGGUCAGCUAUUCGCCGGCGGCGGGGAGGAGGAGGGGGCCGGGGUCACCCUCCGCCUGCUGCCCACAGCUGUCAAGCUGGUGACGGAGAGGGCGUCGCACGGAGACUGGGCACAGCGCAGCAACUGGCUCUCGCACCUCACCAAGAGCUACAGCGUGGUUCCGAAUGCAGCGCUUGUACGCCUGGAGGCAGGAACGCGGGCGCUGAAGGCCGUCUUCUGCAACAAGCUGACUGAAAAGGGCAAGAAACUGACCGAGCUCCUGCAGCCUCACAGCACAGACGACUACCGCAUUCUGGUGGACAUGCGCUGGAAUAAGCAGUACCUGGACAUUUUAGCCAACACCUGCAGCUUCGAGGACGAGGAUCGAUACAUGGAGUUCAUGGACGCCUUGAACGCAGUGGCUAACAGGAUAAUCCUGCUGACGGACCGGGAGGAGCAGGCUGUUGUAGGUGCCUCGGCCAUGAAGACCACGGCCCACAACAGCGUCCUCAGACUGGCGUCCGCCUUCUCCAAAGGGAUGGUGGACUUUGGGCACCUGCCGCACCCUGUUCUGGCCCACCUGCGCACCUUCUUCGAGCUGUGGGACUCCUUCGUGCUCCAGGCUGUGCAGACGGGGCAGCCCUACAUCUCGGACCACCUCAUGUUCGAGGUGCUGCAGCUCCUGCGAUGGCGGGACCGCUUUUGGGACGUGAGCGACUCCCUGACCGCCGACCCGAAGGCGAUAUCCAUCCUCUCCCUGCACUGGCACUGGGUGCAGAAACACCUCCUGUCCAGGCUGCCCCAGCUGCUGCUGGGGGAUCCCGGCUGUCAGCCAGAACUGCAGGCGGUAUCCACAGCGAUCCAGAACUGCUUAUCCAGCCCGGGUCUGACGGCCCCCGCCCUGAAAAGCAUCCAGAAAGCGCUGGGAAAGCUGUUGCCUUAUAAGCUGGAGUCUGUCGCCGAAUGCGCCGCCCAGCUGGGAGGCCUCAGCAAGGCCCUGGACCUGAGCGACCUUCGCCUGGAUGGCAGCCGGCCAAUCGGGGCACAGGAGCUGGCCCGCCUUCGGAGUGCCGCGCUGGGGGCGGACGCCCGGGAGGGGCUGGUGCAGGCCUGGGGCCUGAUCUUUCAGGCCAAUAACCAGCUGCAGCCAGAGCAUUCUGGUGUGGUGGAGCGCCUGGUGACCUGUGUGGAGCGGCAGCGGAGUGUCCUGGCCUCGCUUGGCCUUCCCACCGGCGUGCCAGGUGAAGGGGGCCCCGGGGCCCCUCCCAGUGAGGAGCUCCUACGCCAGGUGUCCCGCCAGGGGCAGCUAUGGCCGCUGCUGGAGGAGCUGGGCUUGCUGAGCCAGCUGAGGAUGACUGCGUUCCUGCUGCAGCUGCCACACAGUAUGAAGGACUCGGUGGACAGUUUGCCUCGGCGCUUCAGCCACCACCAGCGUUUCUGCCUGCAGUCUGCCACCACCGACGCCAGGCGGCUCGCUCCCCUCUGGGCCCUCGCUAACUGCCAACGGCCAGUGGAGGAGCUGCAGUUUGUGUUCUGCGAGUUGCUGUCUGAGACUCUGGAUGCCUGCUGGACUAGCAGCGUGACCUCUGACCCUGAGCGCUGGCUGGAUUGGAAUCCCCUUCGACCAGAAGAGCAGAAGAUCAAGAAGACACUUUUGAGUUGUGCGGACACGGGCCCGCCGAUGCUGCGCCGGGCUGUGUGGUCCCGGUGCGUGCAGGGGGUCCUGACAGGCACUGAGACGGGGACAGUUUGGGAUGCCUCCGGCAGCUCCUUGCUUUCCUCUUCCCGGGUCACCCUGGGGGAGUGGAGGGAGAGGAUGGUCCAGCUGCAGGAGCUCAGCGCUUUGCUGUGGGACAACAUGGGCCUGACCGCCCAGACGAGCUUCAGGAGCGCAGACCACAGACUGCAGGGCUUGGUGCUGCGCCGGUUACUGCAGUCGCUGACAGAGAUGCUGCCCCCUAGUGUCCAGGAGGUCUACACAGAACACUGUGAGCUCCUGACUGAGGGGGUGGAGCCUGUAGCGGCUGCACAGGAAGUACUGUCCGCACUCCAGGAGGUGGCGCCUGCGCACACCUUGCCUGAGGGCUUCGUUGCCACGGCAGCUACCUGCCUACAGGAAUAUGUGCAGAACUGCAGCAAGGAGCCAGUACAGCUGGCCCGGUCCGGUGUGUUCUGGGUCAGUAUGGGCUUGCUGCAGAUCCAGCUGUGGAUGCCCCAGACCAUCUUUGACCCGGCGCUGAAGCGGGCUUACAAACUCCGCUACGCCCAGGAGGAGCUCGCGCUGCUGGAGGAGGAAUGGAAGGCCCGCAGCCUGUCCUCUCAGCUACUCACUGGGGCCGAGCUGGAGGAGAGCAGUGCCACCGACUGCUUCCAGCACCCCCGCGUCCGGUACCUUUGGAUCCGCAUGCAGAGGGUGAAGGAGCAGAUCGGCGAGCUAUCCCGCAAGCAGGCCUUCCGUCCUGCGGAGUCGCAGUACAGCCGGCUGCACCAGGAGCUGCAGCACUACCUAGGCAGCGUCGGCCGGCCCGCCGCCAUCCAGGCCCUGCUAGGCCGGCUGCUGGAGGCCUUGCGGGGCCCCGGGGCCCAACCAGGGCUGCUCAGAGAGGAGCAGGUGUGGCAGGCCUCGCAGCAGAGCUUCCUGCAGAGGCUGCUGGCCGAGUACCCGCUGUACCCGGACGUGGUGCGCCCCCUACGGGCCGGCAUCCUGCAACUACAGCAUGGCAUGCGGCUGGUGGCGUCAGAGCUGUCGGCCUCGUCGGCUCACACCCCCGGUCUGGCCAGCCUUCUCUCCUGCCUGCUGGCCCUCCCCUCACCAUCCCCCGCCCUCCCCUCAUACCUGGCCCGCGCGGACCGCCUCUGCUCCCGGACCUGCCUGGACGUCCUGCGGGCCCUGGCCAGGCGGCUGCCCGAGACAGAGACCCUCGAGGCCGGUCUGCCGCAGCCGUCCGCCCUGCUAUUCUGCGCCCUGCUGUCUGUGCAAAGCCAUGUCCUCGCUGCGGGUCGGCUGGACCCCACCACCUGCUGCCUCCUCCGGCACGUCUGCCAGGCGCUGGUGAACGAGUGGGACGAGCAGGAGCGACGCAGGAGGGAGCGGAAGCAGGAGGAGGACAGCCUGUACCGCAGCCGGCUGCACGGCACGGGCCUGAGCGAGGAGCAGCAGGAGGAGAGUGACUUCCGGGGCGCGUUCCCCCAGUACGACGAGGACUUUGCUGACAUCACCUCAGAGCCUACGCUGGAGGGGCCGACGGGGGACGCGGGUCAUGUGGGGGCUGCCCCCCCCCAGCCCAGCGAGCCUGACCCCAUCUCGGAGGUCUGCAUGCGCGCCGUCGUGCGAGUGCACCAGCGGCUCUGUCUCGGCUUCUCCCAGUCGCUCUGGUACCGGGGCAGAUCCCCGACGACCAAUCACGGCGAAGAACACAUCAGUGCUCUGAUAUCGGCCUAUCGGAUUUCAGCGCCUGUGAUUUCACACUUCUAUCACCUAAUGGACUCUGAGAUGGACCAGAAGCUUGUUGGCUCUCAGCUCCUCCUCAGCACCCUCCUCCAGAACACGGUGCGGGGCUCCGGUGGGGAGAGCGCCCCCUGUCUGCUCACCGACGGGCCUUACGAUUUCUACCAGCACCCCAACAUGAGCGAAGUCCGCAAGUGCUUACCGGUCCUGGAGCAGGUGGCCGCCGCAGUCCGACAGCGACUGGAGGAUUGGCCGGAGCACCCCGCCCUCAUGCAGCUAAUGGUGGUAAUCGAGCGAAUCCUGGCCUUCGGUCUGUCCAGUCCUCUGGCCAAGUUCCUCAAUGGGCUGGAGAUCCUGCUGCGUAAGGCCCAGGACUGGGAGGACAACGCCAGCCGCACCGUGUCGCUCGGCACGGAGCUGGGAGCCGUCACCCAGCUAAUCAUUCAGUGGCGCAAGCUUGAGCUGAACUGCUGGUCCAGCAGCCUGGACAACGCCCUGCAGCGUCAGGCGGAGAAGUCCACAAAGCACUGGUUCUACAUCUACCAGCUGACGGAGAAGCAUCUGCAGGAGCACGGAUCCGACACCGCAACAGCAGGAGGAGAUGUAGAGAGCCUGUCCAUUGCAUCCGUGUCCUCCACGCUUCAGGCCUUCAUAGAGGGCUCCACGCUGGGAGAGUUCCACGCACGCUUGGUCAUGUUGCUCACCUUCCACUGCCACCUGCUGGUGACUCCUGCACAGGACGGUCAAGUUCCACUGGUCAGCCUCUUCUGGAAUCUGUACAAAUAUUACAGCCAAUUCUCAGAGAACGUGCAGGCGAAAAUCAUGCAGCUGCGGCAGCCUAUCGAGAAGGAGCUCAAGGACUUCGUCAAAAUUUCCAGGUGGAACGACGUCAGCUUCUGGUCCAUAAAGCAGUCUGUUGAGAAGACGCACCGGACCCUUUUCAAGUUUGUGAAGAAGUUUGAGGCAGUCCUGAACAGCCCCUGCACCCCAGAGCUGGUGCAGCAGGGUAGCAACGCCAGUCUGGAUCCCGGUGUGGACCCUAGCUCAGAAGAGACACCCCUCAUUAGGAUGCACAGUGCUCUCAAGGGCGUCCUCCUCAGGAAGGGCCAGGUACUACAGGUUGACAACUCUGAAGAUAUGCUGCCUGCCCUCGACCCCUCGACCCUGCAGGGACGCCUGCCUUCCCUCACCAGGAGGAUGAGGAAGAUGUGCGUGCAGAUGUUGAAGAAGAGCCCUCUGCCAGAGCUGUCAGAAGAUCUGGAUCAGUUCACAGCUGAGGUCAUCAGGCAUGUGCAGGAGCUGCAGAGCCUCUCUGUGAACCCGUCGGCGGAGAAGGAGAAGCAGAAGACGGAGGCGAAGCACAUCCUCCAGCAGAAGCAGAGGGCGCUCUCCGACCUCUUCAAGAUGCUGGCUGACAUUGGUCUGUCGUACCGCAGAGGGCUGACGUGGGAGCGCACCGGCAGCCAGGAAGAGGUCCUGUGUCUGCAGCCGCUGGAGAUGAGCGCCGCCCUAUCUGCGGUGCGGAGUAGCGCAGAUGCGGAGCAAAGGCUGUUUGCGGAGAUGUCAUCCGCUUGGGAAGGCUGUCAGAAGUACUUCUACCGUUCGUGGGCACGUCGGAACGCCCUGCAGACGGCCCUCCAUGGCGCCGCCAAGGAGCUCGGGCUGCCCGCCAUCCAGCGCUGCCGCGGAUUCUCCAACCACCUCUUCAAGCUGCUGCUCAGACAGCGGCGUCGUCUGGCUCGGCUCACGGAGCAGUGGGUCCACCUCAGGCAGAUGAUUGGAUGUCUGGGGGACGUCCAGUCGCCGGCAGUCCAGGUGGGACGGGACAGUGGCCCCUUGCCUCCCCAGGUUGCGCUGAGGGGCUGGGUGGACAGGGCCCACUCUCUGGCCAUGCAGUGCUCCGUCGCACUGGAGCAGCUGGCCCUGCUCCUGCAGUGCUGCCCCGAGACGAACCCACAGGGGGAGAGCUCCAGCAUGCGGCACAGCGCCCCCUUGAGGUACUCCUCGCCCUUAGACGCGGAGAGCUGCCCCCCCGGCUGCCAGAUGAGGAGGGGCGACCCUGUAUGGGCGCGGGCCAUGGAGACAGUCACAGGCAUGCUGACCGACACCAAGGCUCUGAAAGCGGAACUGGAUGGACUGGUGCAGCAGUGCAAUGUGGGAAAGCUGCAGAGCUGGACCCAGUUUCAGGCGUGCUGCGUGGUCCUGGAGCGGCUCAGGAUGGUGGCGGCCCGCAUGCAUGCGGUGGAGCAGCUCUUCACGCCGGAUGGCUGCUCCCAGCCGCUCCUGGCCUGCGGGCUGCAGUAUGUGCGGGGGGAGGUGGAGGCGGCCCUGACGGAGUUCACUGCCUGGAAGGAGCUGCUACCGCGUCUGGACCUCGCUCACCAAGGCCAACAGCAGCCUUUCUCGCUAGAGUUCUCAGACCAGUUGGAGAAAGUCAUUGGUAAGGUGCUGUGUGCAGUACAGAGCCUGCUGAAGCUGAAGGAGAUGGACGCAGAGCCGCAAAGCACUGAGCCUGUCCAGGAGAACAGAUCAGACGGUGAAGACGCCCCAUCGGAGGAUCUCCUGAAGACUGGCCACCUCACCAAACUUCUGGAGGAGGGCCUGAGUGAGGAGGUGUCGUCCCUCUCACUGCCGGACGUGAACGUGUCAGUGGGUCAGCUGCUGGAGCGCCUUGGUGCCCAGAGAGAUGCCUGCUCGCCCUGUCAGCUCCAGGAGCUGAGCCCAGCGUGCGAGAGGCUGGGCCGUCUGCUGCCCCUCCUGGACGCCUACUCGCACGUCACACGCCAUUACCUGGCGGUCGCCCUGGGAGCCCAUCGAAGCAGCGCGAAACUUCUCUGCGUCCUGGCUGGCAUCUUCACGGAGCUGGCCCAGAAGGGCUUCUGUCUGCCCCAAGAGCUGAUGGGCGGAGGGGACAGUGAGGGGGCCACCGAAUUCCACGACUAUGAGGGCGGGGGCAUCGGCGAAGGGGAGGGCACCAAAGACGUCAGCGACAAGAUCGAGAACGAGGAGCAGGUGGAGGACACCUUCCGGGAAGGACAGGAGAAGGAGGAGGAGGAAGAACAGGCCAGGGGGGAUAUUAAGGAGGAGGACAGUGCUAUAGAGAUGUCGGAGGACUUUGACGGGAAGCUGCAUGAUGGGGAGCCUGGGGAGGAUGAUGACGAGUCCGACAAAGAGGACGAGGAGGAGCUGGACAAGAAGAUGGGGGACCUUGGAGAAGGCCAGACGGACACCCUAGAUGAGAGGAUGUGGGGAGAUGACGAGGAUGACGACGACCUGGACGCCAGUGAUAAGGAAGAAGAGUCCGGCCCGGGAAUGGACCAGGGAGAAUCACAGCUGGUGGCCAAGGACGAUAAUCUCGAUGCUGGGGAGCCCAACAAAGACGACAAGAAGAAGCAAAACAAAGAUGAGAACCAAGAUGGCGCCGAUGAGGGAAAAGAGAAGAUCCAUGAGCAAAUAGAUGAGCGGGAGUUCGAUGAGAACGAGGUGGAUCCUUACCAUGGCAACCAGGAGAAGAAGGCGGAGGCGGAGGCCAUGGAGCUGCCGGAGGACCUGAACCUGGAUCGGGAGGACGAGCAGGCUGGGGACGAGCAAGACGGCGAUGAAAACAACCCAUUUGACAUAGACGAGAUGGAGGUGGAGGAGAAAGAAGGGGAGGGUGAGGGAGGGGAGGAAAAGCAAGGGGAGGGGGAAGAAGGAGAGGAGGAGCAAGGGGGUGAGGAAGCAGGGGAGGCGACCCAGGAGGAGGACGCGGCUAAAGAGCAGGACGCAGAUGCGGAGCCAGCGGAGGGCGACAGAGAGCCUGACGCCGGCGAAACUGCUGAGGAGGAGGCGGAGGAGGAGAAGGACCAGGGACAAGAGGAGGGGAAAGAGGAGGACAAGGCCGUCCCUGCAGGCCAGGGCCAGCAGCCCCAGGAGGAAGAGGAUGGUGCAGAGGAGGAUGAGAAUGAUGCGGAGGCCGCAGAGAGAAAGGAGCACCAUGCUGAUGGACAGACCGGGGAGGAGAACAUGCAGAGUGACACUGCCAUGGAGCUGGCAGGAGAGGCCUCCCAAAGGGAUGAGAGCAAGGAGGAGCAUGGGAUGGGGGCAGCAGACGCCAGCCAGUCGGAGGGACACGACUCCAGGCUCAUGGCGCGGCUCUCCUCUCUCAAACAGACCCAACAGAAGACACAGAGCUUCAAGAGGAAGCCGGGCCAAGCGGACAGCGAGCGUUCCCUGGGCGACGACAGCGACCGGGUCAACAAGCGCCUGCGGACGGUGGACAGCAGAGAGGACAGGCAGCAGGACCGGGCCCAGACCCAGGCUCAGCAGGAGUCGGACCUGUACCAGCACAUCAAGGAGGGGGAGCAGAACCACGAUGCCCAGACCUACGAUGUGGCCAGUGCUGACCAGCAGAAAGCAGCCGGAUCCCAGCCGAAAGAGGAGCACGAGGAGGAGAAUGUCAGCAUGGAGCUGGAGGAGCAGCAGGAGGACCUGCAGGCCAUCGAUUUCGAGGAGCUGAAGCCAGAAAAGCUGGAUUCGACCAGAACGUCACAGAAAGGUGUGGAAAACGGGAACCUAGAAGCUCAGAGACAGUGCGAGGAUGAGGAGGAUGCGGAAGAACGGUCAGAGGACAACGAGGACGAUGAAGACGAGAAACGUCCAGAGAGAAGCUGCGAGUCCACCAUCCACACUGUCCCGGAGCUGCUGACGGACACGUUGCAGCUGCCGGUCAGAGAUCCUGAAGUGCUACGGAGGGAGCUGGAGCAGCAGUUGGAGGCCUGGCAGAAGCAGAGCCCUGCGACUCCAGAGGAGGAGGGCGCCAGCGUGGCCAUGUGGCAGCAGUACCAGCUGCUGACGGGCCCACUCUCCCAGCAGCUGUGCGAGCAGCUGCGACUCAUACUGGAACCCACGCAGGCCGCCAAACUCAAGGGCGAUUUCCGCACAGGCAAGCGGCUGAACAUGCGUAAGGUGAUCCCCUACAUCGCCAGCCAGUUCCGCAAGGAUAAAAUCUGGCUGAGAAGGACGAAGCCCAGCAAGAGGGAAUACCAGAUCUGCCUGGCUGUGGACGAUUCCUCCAGUAUGAUAGACAACCACUCGAAGCAGCUGGCCUUUGAGUCCUUGUCUGUGAUCGUCGGCGCCCUCACACUCCUGGAGGCAGGACAGGUGUCGGUGUGCAGCUUUGGGGAGACCGUUCAACUGCUCCACCCCUUCCACCAACAAUUCAGUGACCAAUCAGGAGCCAGGAUACUAAGGCUGUGUCAGUUUCAGCAGAAGAAAACCAGAAUAGCCCACUUUCUGGAAAGUUCUGCCAGCAUGUUUUAUUCGGCACGGCAGCACACCAACGCCUCUGGCGCUACAGACUCCGCCCAGCUGCUGCUGAUCGUCUCCGACGGCCGUGGGCUCUUCCUGGAGGGGAAGGAGAGGGUCACGGCGGCUGUGCAGGCGGCACGUGCUGCCGGCAUUUUCGUCAUUUUCGUGGUUCUAGAUAACCCAAACUCGAGGGACUCCAUCCUGGACAUCAAGGUGCCCAUCUUCAAGGAACCCGGCGAGAUGCCGGAGAUCCGCUCCUACAUGGAGGAGUUCCCCUUCCCGUUCUACGCCAUCCUACGGGAUGUGAACGCCCUCCCCGAGACGCUGAGCGAUGCCCUCAGGCAGUGGUUCGAGCUUGUCACGGCGGCCGACCACUAGGCCUUGCCGGCCCUCAGUGAGGUCACACUAAACUGCAGGACGUCUCGCUGCUGCUACAGCCUCCGGCGUCGGAGAGCCGAGGGGACGGACCUUGAUGCUGGCUGUGUAUGUGCCUUUUCCUCCUCCACUUGAAACGUUCACAUAAUCCCCAUGAUUACAGUCCUACCCCCUUUCUGUUUUAAAGCGGGAAAAUGUUUGUCCUUGCCCCCCAACAUGGCAAAUAAAAUGGCAGCCUACUUGUAAACCUUGCAUAUCUGAACUAAAUAGAUGGGUAUCUCGUGUGUGUGUGUGUGUGUGUGUGUGUGUGUGUGUGUGUGGACUGAAUACCUCAUGUGUGUUGACAGUACUCCAUAAAUGUGACGAAUGGUUCAAUAUCUCAAGUAAUUAGAAAGCACACAUUUUUGAAAACGGCAGUUCAGGUAACUUAAUCACCGUUUCCCCAGGUGGUAAAAAAUACAUAUGAUUUUGAGCUGUUUAAACAGAUUUUUAAAAAUAAAAAAAAAUGUGCCUUUAAGAGUUAGUCGUCAUUUGAUACAGUGUGAGCUUCCAUUAAUUUAAUCUGUAUUACCUGAAAAACUUAAUCCUAAUCAGGCUCUGUUAAGGAUUGAUAUUAAUGCCAAAUAUAGCUUCUUCAAGGGCUGGUAGGUUCCGUGUCACAAAGUGUACAAUGCUUGUAUGAAACUAGGUUUUAAAUGUACACCUGUAUUUUUAAAUUGCUGAAUUAUUUAGAUGAUUCUUUUGUAUUGUGAGUAGCAACAUUUCAGAUGUGAACUAAACAGAUUGAAGAUAGCUCACCCUUGUUUCCCUAUGCACCUUUAUGGAAAAAAAUCUAGCUACCUACGAAACCUUAUUGAAGUGUUGCUCAGUGAUAUGAAUAAACUUGUUUUUCGAAAAGA